CUGCACUCUCCCUCCCUCUCCCUUGCCUCCUGCGGUUCUGCCAUGGGUGACCUGACUCGUUUAUCUUCAAACAGCUCAAGAAGGGUGAUAGGAGUGUUGGAAAAGCAUUAGCAGGAAGAGGCCUGGCCUGAAGCCUGGCCAAGUAUGCAAGGGGCAGGAGGCUCGCUCUUGCUUUCAGCUGGCUCAGGAUCAGCUUGAGCUGCAUAUGAAAAAAUAUUAAAAGCCCAGCAUAAACAUCGCUUCGACCAAGGACCCUAGCAGCUUGACCGUGCUUAAAUAGACUGUUUGGCCUCCUAGAUAAUUCUUACCCUAAGUUAAUUAAGGAAACACUUAACAAGCAACAAAAUUUUCCUAUAGAAGGCUGUUGGCAGGGAGAUGCGCAGCAAAGAGUUGGCCAGCAUCCCAUGCAACCAUCCUUCUGACAAACAAACCGUGGUGCACGUUGUUCAGGAACAGGCACUAAGGGCCCAUUUGGGAAGACAGCCCUAUUCUGGAAAGCUCUGAAGUCUGCUUUAAAUUUUACUUUACUAGGCUUUACUUUUAAAUUUUAACGUGACUUUGGCGACAGUAUUUGAUGCAGCAAGCGAUGAGCAGGUCUCCUACAAGCGAAUGAAAUGAGCAGGGUGUAAUUUGCUGCUGUUUUACUUUGCCUCCCCAGCGUAUUUAUUACUUGUCCCUGGAGUUCUACAUGGGACGCACCCUGCAGAACACGAUGGUGAACCUGGGCUUGCAGAAUGCUUGUGAUGAAGCCAUUUACCAGCUGGGUUUGGACUUGGAGGAACUGGAGGAAAUUGAAGAAGACGCUGGGCUGGGAAACGGAGGCCUGGGCCGCUUGGCAGCUUGCUUCCUGGACUCCAUGGCCACGUUGGGGCUGGCAGCGUACGGUUACGGCAUCCGCUAUGAGUUUGGUAUCUUCAAUCAGAAGAUUGUUGAUGGCUGGCAGGUUGAGGAGGCUGAUGACUGGUUGCGCUAUGGCAAUCCCUGGGAGAAAGCUCGCCCAGAAUACAUGCUUCCUGUGCACUUCUACGGCAGAGUGGAUCACACCCCUGAGGGCGUGAAGUGGAUCGAUACUCAGGUCGUCCUUGCAAUGCCUUACGACACACCGGUGCCAGGAUACAAGAACAACACUGUGAACACCAUGAGGCUGUGGUCUGCAAAAGCGCCUAAUGACUUCAACCUCCAGGAGUUCAAUGUGGGUGACUACAUCCAGGCGGUGUUGGACAGAAACCUUGCAGAAAACAUCUCCAGAGUCCUGUACCCAAAUGACAAUUUCUUUGAAGGCAAGGAGCUGCGACUGAAACAGGAGUAUUUUGUGGUGGCUGCUACCCUCCAGGACAUCAUUCGCCGUUUCAAGUCCUCCAAAUUUGGCUGCCGAGACCCUGUAAGAACAUGCUUUGAAACCUUCCCGGACAAGGUAGCCAUUCAGCUAAAUGACACCCACCCAGCCCUGUCCAUCCCAGAGCUCAUGCGGAUCCUGGUGGACGUGGAGAAAGUGGAUUGGGACAAGGCCUGGGAAAUCACAAAACGGACCUGCGCGUACACCAACCACACCGUGCUACCUGAAGCCCUGGAGCGCUGGCCAGUCUCCAUGUUUGAAAAGCUGCUGCCACGUCACCUAGAGAUCAUUUAUGCCCUCAACCAAAGGCAUCUGGACCAUGUGGCAGCUCUCUAUCCAGGGGACAUUGACCGUCUCAGGAGGAUGUCGGUCAUCGAAGAAGGCGACUGCAAGCGCAUCAACAUGGCACACCUCUGUGUGAUCGGCUCCCAUGCUGUCAAUGGCGUGGCUCGUAUCCACUCUGACAUUGUGAAGAACUCAGUAUUCAAGGAUUUCUAUGAGCUGGAGCCAGAGAAGUUCCAGAACAAGACAAAUGGGAUCACACCGAGGCGCUGGCUCCUGCUUUGCAACCCGGGACUAGCUGAUGUUAUUGCUGAGAAAAUCGGAGAAGGCUUUAUCACGGAUCUGAGCCAGCUGAAGAAACUUCUGAAUUUUGUCAAUAAUGAGACUUUUAUCAGGGAUGUGGCAAAAGUCAAACAGGAGAACAAGCUGAAGUUCUCAGCCUACUUGGAGGAGCAGUACAAGGUCAAGAUCAACCCUUCCUCCAUGUUCGAUGUUCAGGUGAAGCGAAUUCAUGAGUACAAGCGGCAACUGCUGAACUGCCUGCAUGCAAUCACCCUCUACAACCGCAUCAGAAGUGACCCAUCCAAAUCCUUUGUACCCAGGACUAUCAUGAUUGGAGGAAAGGCAGCCCCUGGCUACCACAUGGCCAAGAUGAUCAUCAAACUCAUCACGUCCAUUGGUGAGGUCGUCAACAGCGAUCCUUACGUGGGGGACAGGCUCAAGGUCAUCUUCCUGGAGAACUAUCGGGUAUCCUUGGCCGAGAAAGCGAUCCCGGCAGCUGAUCUUUCCCAGCAGAUCUCCACAGCUGGCACAGAGGCCUCGGGGACUGGCAACAUGAAGUUCAUGCUGAAUGGGGCCCUCACCAUCGGCACCAUGGAUGGGGCCAAUGUGGAGAUGGCCGAGGAGGCAGGCGAAGAAAACUUCUUCAUCUUCGGCAUGCGGGUGGAGGAUGUGGAGGCCCUGGAUCGCCGCGGGUACAACGCGCAGGAGUACUAUGACCGCCUGCCAGAGCUGCGGCAGGCUAUCGACCAGAUCAGCAGCGGCUUCUUCUCCCCUCGAGACCCUGGUUGCUUCAGGGACGUUGUCAACAUGCUCAUGUACCACGACAGGUUUAAGGUGUUUGCUGACUACGAAGCCUACAUCAAAUGCCAAGGCCAAGUGGACCAGCUGUUCAUGGACCCCCGGGAGUGGACUAAGAAAGUCAUCAGAAACAUCGCGUGCUCGGGCAAGUUCUCCAGUGACAGGACCAUCACGGAGUACGCCCGGGAGAUCUGGGGCGUGGAGCCAUCCGCCACCCAAAUACCCCCACCCAACCUGCCCCGGGAGUGAUGGGUGUGCGGAGGGAAGGACAGAGGGAAGGGUUCCCAGCCUGGGAGGCCUCAAUCGGUGUUUCACUGCCCAUCACAUACAUAGACUUAGCUCUGCAGGAAUGAGGCCUUUCGGCGGGGGGGAAGGGGGAAGUAGGACAGCGUUCUCAGGAGGAGCGCUGGCUGCGAGGAGCAGGAGCUGGGCAGUAGGAGACAGGCCCUUAUGUUUAACCUGUGUAUCCAGCUUGCAUGUGCUGCGUAGCUCUCUUAGUGAGCUGAUCACUCCACGUCUGCCUGCAGCUGUGUGCCACGCUUGACAAGGGAGCUCCAGCUAAAUCAUUGUCUCGCCCUCUGCAUGCAGCCUGGCCUCUGACCCUGCCCCUUGAGCAGAUGUAGGCAAGGGGGAGUGUGUGUCUUGUAUCAGCUGCUGAGCGCGAGGUGCCAGCCCUGAGGCUGGGGAGAGAGAGCUGCGGUGGUGGCUCUCCCUCCCUAUUAGCACUUAGCGAAAGUGGAGCUCUCUAUUAAAGCAGCCAGCUGCACUGUGAGAGCUGAUUUCAGAAGCUGCUGUCCAAAAGCAGAGGGAGCGCAGGCCUGGGAUCCGCGGCCUCCUCACUGCAGAGCUCACUGCAGCAGGAGAUGCUGGGGCUAGACCAGUCCAGGUGCCUGAGAGCAUCCCGUGUCCCACUCCCCUGGCCCCCACCACCCACACCGACACCAUUUGCUGCUUGCAGUUGUCCAGUACCACCUAAAGGAUCUCACUGGUUUGAGAAGGGAGGGGGAGGCAGAGCAGGUUGUUUUUUUUUUUUUUUAAAGCCAAGCAAGGCCCAAGCAGCUCUUGCUCUUGCUCCCUGCACCCACGUGGCCCACACGCUAGUGGGGUGAAUGCAGCAGUCAUGCAGAGCAGUCAGUACUUGAAUGAAAUGAGCCAGGCUGCUUCAGCCGGUAUUUUAGCGUCUAGGUGCAGCAGCAUAAGAGAAACUAGCUCAUGCCCUGGCACAGCUCCAUGCCAGGAGCCCGUAACUCACUGCCUGGUUGCCACGGGCGUUGUUCAUCAAGCCAGCCCAGUCUCCUCAAAGGGAACCUGGUCCGUUUCCUCCUCCCCCAUUUAGUUAAUUCUUUAAAACAUUAAUUAAAAAGACUAGUGGCCAAAC